AAAUGCUGACUUUAUCUAUUAUAAUGAUCAUAAAUUCGCCAACACUUGUAAAAAUUCAAUUCAUAAUCAUAUGUAUGUCCUCUCUCAUGGAAAUUUACAUGUAUGCGUGGCCAGCUGAUUACAUGCAAGAUACAAGUAUAAACAUUUUACGAAGUGCAUAUAACUCAAUAUGGUAUGAACAAAGUUUAAAUAUGCAAAAGGACUUGCUGAUUAUAUUGAUGUAUCAAAGACCAGUAAUUCUUUCCAUUAAUGUUCUGUUACCAGAGCUUACUUUACGUUAUUAUUGUUCGUACGUGGCAAAUGCUUUCUCUGUUUUCACAGCUCUGCGAGCCGUGGUAGAAGAUAAGUGAAUAUAAAUGCAUUUUAAAUUGUUGUAUAAUAAAGUCUUCAUUAUUAUAAUAGUCAUCAUUAGAAAAUGUGAUAAGUGAUUAUAAACAAAUUCCAUAAUUGUUAAAGUUAUCAAUAUUCUUAUAUUAUUGAAAAUAAAUAUAUUUGUA